AUGGAUGCAACAAUUGAGAGAGAGUGCAGUGCUUUGGGUGGCCUCUUUCAACAGAUUAUAACUGACAUGAAGGUAAGUAAUUAAAAUUUAUUACAAACUUGUAUUUCAAAUAUAAAUUCUAAUAAUAUAUGUUUAAUUUAAUUUUUAUUUUUUAGGGCUGCUAUUCUAGCUAUUUCUGCAUAUCUUGAUACUUUUCAAAAAAUUGCUGAUGCUGCAACUAAUGCAAGAGGAGCAACAAAAGAAAUUGGAACUGCUUUAACUCGGAUAUGUCUUAGACAUAAAGCUGUAGAAACACGUAUGAAAUCAUUCACUAGUGCUAUUAUGGAUUGCUUGGUGUUGCCUCUUCAAGAAAAACUAGAAGAUUGGAAAAAAUCUUUAAUAAAUUUAGAUAAGGAACAUGCCAAAGAAUAUAAAAAAGCAAAAACAGAAUUAAGAAAGCGAUCUACCGAUACAUUACGCUUGCAAAAGAAAAAAGCACGUAAAGGUCAACACUUACAAGGACACGUACAAAGCCAUGGAACAUCAUCAGGAGAUAUUGAAUUGAAUCGAAUGCUAGAAUCUUCUGCUGCUGUUGUUCAAGAAAAACGUUUAAGCUUAGAAGAAACGGAAAGAAGAGCCGUUCGUGCAGCUCUUCUUGAAGAAAGAGGCAGAUAUUGUCUUCUUGCUAGAUUUUUGAAACCAGUACUUGAUGAAGAAAUUGCAAUGUUAAUGGAACUGACUCACCUUCAAGAGGUUUCUGAUCAAUUACAACGACAUGCAGCCUCUCCACAUCAUUUGCCUCCUGCAUCAGAACAAGUGAUAACAGACAUAAAAGGUUGUGAUGUUGCACAAUGGUCUCUUGCUACACCUCCUUCAAGUCCUUCUUUAUCUCUUGGAUCAAGGAAAAGUUCAAUGUGUUCAAUCAGCUCUUUAACAAGUAGCAGCAGUGGUUCUUGUAAAAGCCAUCCAAGUCCAUCUGGACAUCCUUGGCAUAGAUCACUGUCUCAGUCUGUCGGUGUCAGGCCCUCCAGCAUCAGUGGUAUGAUGACGCUGCGCCACUUGGUAAAUGGUAGUUCCCGUGACUCCGGCUUUACUUCUCAGGACACAUUGUAUACACAACCAAUUUCUGAACAUCAGGUAUCAAAUGUGUCUUCUCAAACUAAUAAAAAUACUGGUACUACAACAAGACCUGUAACUACUGCUACUUGGCCUGACUUACAGGAAACAUCAGUCCAAUUCGAUAGGCAAAAUCAGAACACAAUCAACGAACGACCGCAUACAAUCUCUUCAGCUUAUGAGAAAGGCCAUCAAAGACCAGCACUCAGCGUCUACACAUUCCAAGCUCCAGAUAAUAGUGGCUGUUGCCAUAGUCAACCCGCUUCUCCAGUUUCUUCUUCCUCUUCAUGUUCUUCCUCUAAUCAACAAACAUCCAGAGUACAAUUGCGUAGGAAUAAUGGUAGUAAUCGUCCUCCUAUACCGAACAGAUGUUCCAGUUUAGAACGACCAUCAGCUUCCGUGAAAAAUGAACCUCCUGGAAGUCCUCGAGGCAAACCCAAGUUGCCACUUCCAGCACAUUUAGCAAAAGAAUUAGCAAGUCAUCAACUUCAGCAACCAAUGUAUGUGAAUAUGCAUGAAUUAGCAAAUCUUGCUGCAAGCCGCGCUCAAGAGAUGCAGUUACCGUUACCACCACCUCCUGCAUCACUAUCAGCACCAGGAACUGAAAAGACUGAAGUUAUGGAAAAAGAUGGUGGAAGUCAAACAUCAGAAUCUAGUGUCGAAUCUAGUAGUGGAUAUGGAAGUCAAACUACUAUACCACAUUCUCAUUCGCUUCAUAAUCAAAAUGAGAAUUCGUGGAACGUACCUGGUGCUGCACCUACUUUAACAGUUCGUAGAGGAUCGAUGCAGCAAGCGAAUAAACCCCUUCCACCAACAAGACGUACAUCUACUAUUAUAAGUGCAACGUUUAAUAAUCCUUCAUCAGGUUCGAGUGAUGAACGCACUGAUCAUACUUGCGACGAAGCUGAAAAUCUUCCUCCGCCACCAGCAUUUUUGUUAGAAAGUUCUUCACCUACAGCCAGUCCUACUCCUCAACGAUCUAUCUCAGUAUCAGAAACAGUAAGGACCCUUACAGAGUUACGUCAUACUCCUGCUAGCCCUUCUCUCUUACGAAAGGCUACAGGGCAAGCACAAGCGCAUAACAACUCAUCUGCUACAUUACCACAUAAUGCUGUAUUGCAAGUAACUCGAUCUUCCGUCGAACGUUCAUGCGCAGCAAUUCGUUCAGCUUCUCAAGAACGUGGCUCAAAUACUACACAAAUGACUGCGGUCAACGCGGCUGUAAAUAUUCAAGGGCAAGGUCCGGGAGGGGUUGGUCAAAGCUUUAUGGCAGUUCUCAGUGCGAAACUCAUUAGCAGCACAGGUAAUACCACGAGUGGUAACAAUACAAGUAAUAGCCCUAAGUCUUCUAGAAAGCACUCCAUUGAACAACAGAUAAGUAAAAAUUCUAAGACAUCAUCUGGCUUUCUUGAAACAUUAAAUGCUAAGUUAGCACAACAACAACAAAGUUUGCAAGGGAAUAAUACAACGAGUAGAUCAGCAAGUGUGAGACGUAUAAUGGGUAAUCGUGUACCUAUUAUGGAUCCUUUACAAGUCAGAGAUUCUCUCAUGGAUCAAAUACGAAAAGGUACUUCUUUAAGAAAAACCAGUGGUCCCAUUAAUGAUCGUUCGGCACCUAAAAUUUAUUGA